CUAUAUCUGUGUGAACACAUACCCGACUGAAAACAGUGAAUUUACGUAUACCAGAAGAAAAACAGCACCUUACCAGUUAUUACUCGAACAGAAAAUAUUGAAAUGUCUUAGAGAACGAUACGUUCCAAAUCGCACGUAUUUUACACUUGGAUAUGGUUAUGUAAUCCAACAAUGAAGUGUCCUAACCCUAACUGCGGCAGUGAAGGGUUAAGCAAAUACUGCGAAAAAUGUGGCACGAACCGAGUCCCUAUAGAAACCGAAUUCAAACAAAUUGCGACAGUAUUAAAAUGUCAAGGCAAAAACAGGGAUGGAAGUGCGUGUCUGUCAGAAAUUACCAUAGAUGUAAACUUCUGUGGCAAUUGCGGUACUCAGAUUGAAAAGAAGCAACUUCAGGUUGAGCCCGAUUCGAACAUCCCAACACAGUUGAAUGGAAAGAACACCAAUUUUCGAGAUCAAGCAAGCGAAUCAUUGGAACUGGUUGAAGAACCUGAUCGUAAAGUUGACAGAGAUAGCAUACAGCCCGACGGCAAUGUCCUACUGAAAAAGGAUGUUAAGGAUUCAAAACAAGAUACAGAUAGAGAAGAGGUAGAAAUAUAUUCCAGAGAUAACGUUAACAAAAGAACACAUCUGGUUACGGAAGCUAAUAUUAACGUAGACAAAGGAUCAACACGCAAUGAAGGCGAUUCCGAAAUGGACAGUUCAAUACGGAUUAUAGAAUAUAAAAUUAGCGUAACGGACGAUUUGAAAAAAAGGGCAAAUACUCAAGCAGACCUGAAAAAGGAACCUGAAAGUAAAGAUGUGAAAUGCUGGACACUCCAAGACGACAACUCUAAAUUAGGCAUGGUGAUAAAUGCCGCGACUCAAGAAAAUACUAAGUGUAAAAACAGCAGUCAUGACAAUGGCAAUAAAGAAACGGAACAAGUAAAGAAACCUAAUUAUAAAGACGAUGAAGACAGCUCUUGUAAAGAAGGCGAUCCCGAACUUAACAACACGAUAAGCCCCCAUAUAUUAGACAACUCUGAACUAACGCCUAUUUUUCAAGAUAAAGGAAAAGAACAAACGGGAAUGGAAAACAAUUAUGAUAACGAAGAGGACAAUGCUAACAAAUCCCCAAACGAUACUUUACAACUGAUUAAAGAGAUAAAAGACACAAUCCAAUUAGAAGAUAAAGGCAUGACUGCCCAAGGCGCGUUAUCGAACACGAUAACAACAGAGACUUUGUGUCAACCUGUUAAACAAGACGACAGUUCUUCUCUUACGACGAGCAUUCCUAGUCAAACGGAAACAAACACAAUUUUAGAAGCUUAUAAAGAGGUCAGUUUGCAUCAUUCGUUUAAAUCCCCGCACACAAUAGAGUGGCAGAAGCUGGAUGGCUCCAUGAAAGCGGGAUUCAGUUUGGAAAAGCCAAAUGAAACCAACUCUUAUUUAACCAGCAAACGAUCAAGCAAGUGCAAUAUCCAGAUUGUUUUCCAUUCUCUCGUCUCACGCAAGCUGUUGAAAAAUGCAGCGUCCAAAGUGGUACUACGAUUUAAAAACGAUCCUUUUGAGUCUCGUCAGCAUAUUGCGUGCAAAGAAAGUCAUCAUAAAACCUAUGUAAAAUACAGCUACACGCUCGAUGUCGACCGACAUAUACUAGCUGAGAAUGUCGAAUACAAUUAUUAUAUAUUGUCAGAAGAAAAGGACAAAUAUGAUGUUGUGCCUCAUUCUAACAGAACUCUAGUUGUUUCUUCGCUCUCCCGGGAAAACACAUAUACCUGGAAUCAAUUCGAUGGAAUACUAGCAGCCGACAAGGGAGUUAUGAAGGGUAUCAAAACAUAUCUUUACGGUUAUCAGAACUUGAAAGAAAAAGUAAAAUCGUAUGCCAAAUUAUAUUGCCCUGUAUGGUUCAAACAGAUCACGACCGAUAAAAUGCCAACCGAUACGUUCGAUGAGUGUCUGGAAAAUCUUGAAGCGCUUGUCACAUGUCUUCAGCGAAUAUACGUGAACAAAGUAUUUUUCUCAAACGAUGAUUUCGUACAAGAGAUUGGUUCCGCUUUGAUAGACCCAGCGAUUGACAAUUUAUGGGCCUUAAAAACUGAUGCAGAAAAAAGUAUAAUGGCAAUGAGUAUUGUGAUUGCUUGCGACAAAAUUGGCUUCAGGCUGCCUUUAGAUAAUUGGCAGAAAAUAUGCAGAUGUUUCAUCAUGACAUUGUCCACCGAACAAAGCAUAUGCUCAAGCGUAAAUGACAUCACUCAGCUGUAUCAACAUCAGGAUUUCAGAAAAGCACUUCUUAGAUUUAUGAAUUACAACAAAGAACAAAAAGAUCCAUCUUGGAUGUUUUGUUUACCGAUUUUGCACUUUAUAUCCAAUGUGUGCCGACCUUUCGAGAAAGUGCAAGUCGAUCUUCGACACAAUGAAAAGGAGCCUUUCUGGUGGGGUAUCGUCGAAAUCAAAGAUCUUGUGGCCUCAUUUAGAAGAAACAAUGCGGAUUGGAAAAUUCCUAUCACCGAAGUAUUAAAAUAUUUGGAGAAGCUGUUCAAGGUUGACAUUUAUCUUCCAAGAAGCGUGGUUGCCGCAUUAAAGUGCACGGAACUGGGGGCGAUUUUUGAAAUGGAGAUUUUUCCUCCUGAAGUUUGCUGUGCUGCUGUUAUUUACUGGAUAAAAACUUCACAAAACAGUAAAUUAGAAGUUCUUCAAAUAUUAAAACAGGUCGGUGAUGGGGGUUUGAUGCUUCUUGAUCGUUUACCAAGGCCAGAAAAACACACCAAAAUGUGUGCAGAAAGUUGGGAGAUGACCGCAAUAUUCAGCGCAAAGGUUGUAGACAUUCUUGGAAUAAGUACUGGAGAUGAAAUAGUUACCUGGGGACAUAUAUGUUUGAUAAGCAAUAUAUCUUGUACUUUGGUUUAUGAAACUAAUGAAGAAAAAGUUAAAGCUGCCACCGUUAGAUUAAAUUCGACUACAUCGAAUAUUAUAAACUGGUUGAAUAACCUUUCAGGAGACAUUUCUACAACUUUUAAGUUGUGGAACAAAGCUAUUAUUGAAUCAGAUCAGGAGAAUAAAAUGUGUGAUUAUUGGAAUGGAAAAAUUAGCACUACCAUACAGAAGAAGAUAAGCGACAUGAUCCGAGCUAAGGACUCAGUCACGUUUCAUUCUGCUUUCAUAACAAUGUACUGCAAAGAGGUUGGUGGCUAUAAAAAAAGCCUUCAAGACUGCCUUUUUACUUUGGCAAGUGAGGUCAUAAUAGAGUGGGCACACUUGAAUUACACUGCAAUGCGUACAACAGAACAAAAUAAUCUACGCAGAUUAAUUUCUGGAUUAUUCAACAAGGUAUGGAAUGACAGUGUUUCAUCAAACAAUAUCAGGUUGGACUCAUUAUUGAAAUGGAAUCCAUUGCGAUUAUUGAUAGCAAAUACAGAAACAAUGAGUUUGCUUUUGGAUGACGACUUACAUCCCAAACUGAACAAUUUGAUCAAAUGGUUGCAAGCCAUAUGGUACACAAUAGAAAAAGGAAAUAUUCAAAUUGGUGUUCUGACAACGAUUUCUAAAAAUGCCGACGAAUUUGAGAACCUAAUAAGAAUGAUUGAACCAAAGAUGCUCGGGCUAGAAAAUCAUAUCAAGACGAAGAUAAGGAAUAUCAUGUGUGCCCUUCAGUUAUUCGAAAAACAAGCACGACAAAUGACAAUUUUCGUUAACUUAUGUCAACACAUAAAAGUUGAUACUUCUGCAAUCGACGAAAUAUUGCGGUUACAAACGGACGGUCUUGACCUUCAAAACCUUGACGCCAUUUGCAUAACAUCGGGUACGGACACAAAGGAAGUACAUGUGGCAGCAUUUGAUACUUGGAAGGAUAUAGUUUAUAUUUUGCCAACGCUCGAACAUCUCAACAAAAGUUACGUAUUUAAGAAAUUGUGGCGUUGUACUUGUUCGCGCGUGGGAAAUAACUGCCUUACAGUAAAUGAUGCUGUGAACGAAGUAUGGAUCGAUGUAGAAAAGAGAUGGCGGUCAUUUGGUGAACAGCUCAAACAAGGAAAUUUAUCAUUUAAUGAAUUUGUUGAGAUGUUUGGAUCAAUAAGUUACGACAAUGACCAACAACUAAUUGAUGAAAUUACUCUUUUCAACAUAACGGAACAUAUUGCAACAACUAGAGUUAGACAAUUGAGGGAAUAUACUCGCCUGACGGCAUGCGUACAUGGAGCAGAGGCUAUUUUAGCAUUACAAGCUCAAUACAAACUUGAGGGUGACUUUGAGGCGAUGAAGACAAUUGCUUCUCAUACUGAGAGAGAAUUUAAAAUGAACGAGUUUGAUGAAGGCAUUGUAGCUACUUGCGGUAUCUUAAAAGAGAUAACUGCUUCUAAAGCCAAUUGUAUUGAUGCAUUUGUGCGUUCUAAACGACUUAUCAAAUGGAUCAAGAAAUCAAUAGCUGGACAACAGGAAUUGAAAGUUUUUGUUGAUUUAGCAAUGAUGUCAGCAGGGGAAGAACCAAUAAACAUUGCUAAAGUUCGAUGUUUAUAUUCAUCUGUGAUGGGAUACUCCCCACUUAUUUUCGAUCUGGAAAAUAGUUCUGAUAUUAAACAGCUGUUGGACAAAUGUCGGCUUGUUUGGGAAGAGCUUGAAACAAACAAUAAACUACCUGAACAACUGUCUGAUACAAACCUACAACUACCAUGGCUUAAAGAAAUCAAACGAGCUCAUGGAUCUGUUCAAACAAGUUCUCUAAUGGAAGCAGAAGCAAUAAAUGCCAAAGGAAUAUACAUUGUUGGAAGUUCUGCUAAGAAUACAGAAGAUGGGAUGAAAACUCAAAAUAUACAUUUAACAGUACCAGGCAUUGAAGGUGAACGGGAAAUAAAAAAAUAUACACUUUCGGAAUUGCAAGAUUUGCAAAGUCGGCUUAUGUUAGUUGCUGGCAAAGGAAUGCAAGAUAAAACAAACAAAACCGAAGUUGACGUGGAAUCAUUUACACUAGUAUUUGACAAUGUGCUGCGUUUAGGAAAUGUGUAUAAUAAGCUUUGCUCAGCAGGAUGUGUACUUUUCUCGGAAUUUACUGCAAGAUUCAUGUGUAACAAUGAUGACAGCCGACCCGUUUGUUUGAUUUUGUCAUUUGGAAAAGGAAACAGUACUUGGCAAUUGAAAGGUCACAAAUCAGAGACCGCUUCUUUAAAAGACAUGAUUCCUGCUAUUGCCAAGUUCAUGGAGAAAUGUUUAGACGAAUGGUUAUUGUACAUCAAGUCAAAAAGAUCACAAUUCUAUCACCUUAACUAUUUUACCGUUGAUCAACUUGUUUUCCUACAACGUGAAUUGGUGAAUAUUGGUAGCGGAAGCACUUCAGAAUUAGUGUAUCCGCUUUUAUCAACAGUAAAACAAGACUGUAGUCAAGCUGAUUUAAAUGAAGCAAUAACAAUAGCUAGAGAUGAGCAACUCAGCGACGAGAAAAAAAGAAAAGAAUAUGAAGAAAAAUCUUUUAUAAAGGUCGAAAAAGAAGAGUCACAAUUUGACCAAUCAAAAGCCGCGGCAAUCUGUGAGCUCAUGGCUUUAGGUCAUAGUGAGAAAAUUGCGCGAAUUGCAUUAGAAAGUGUAGAUGAAAACAACACUGAAAUGAGUAUUUUGGAUCAAGCUUUACUUUGGUGCAUGAUGGAGGCAGAGAGUGUUGUAAACAUUUCCAAAGACAACUCUGAUAGAAAAGUGGAACCAUACAUGAAUAUAAAUAUGGAUACGCUUCCUGUGUGGGCUGAUUCGAAUGACACGUUAGAAUCACUUAUAAAGGCAUCUCUGAAGAGUAUUAAACAGGACAGCGUCACUGGUGUAGCGCCACUAAUAGAUGGUCUGCAAAAUAUUUGGAAUGUGUUUUUGAGCUCAAUUUUAUCAAAAUUGCGCGACUUUAUAAGUCUCGAGUUUUUAGGAAUGAUUUUAAAUCAACUAUCAGAGCUACAAACGAUGAAAAGAGAUCUCCCGUCAUGCUUUCUUGAGGGACAACCGAAUCUUUUAAUUUGCCCGACAGAUGACCUCCUAAAGGUUACUUUGUCAAUUUACGUGCAAGACGAAGUAAAGCCCUUGCCCAGCUCUGACGAGAUACUUAUCUGCACUUCAAAAACGUCACAAGAUGAGGUGGAUAUAUUUUGGCGUCGUGCAAUAUUUGGUAGCGGCGGGAAAAUAUAUUGUCUUGUUCAUGUUGAUUUGCUAAACUACGAUGUUGGUGUUGCUACACAGAAGACCUUGGAGCUAAAUCUACUAGAAGCUAAUAGGAUGAACGAUCGAAGAUAUCGACUUAUCAUUAUUUGUGGAUCGGAUAAUGAGUGUCGAUCUCCGUUUGUCGCGGCAUUAGAUAAAUACGUUUGCCACAUUGAAAUCGCUAGUCUUAAUAUAAUUAAAGACUAUGUUGGUUCUAAGAUGGUUGUACCUGCGACUAGAACACAUUCUGCUUCCUGCAUCGACUUUGCAAGGUCCUCUGCUAGAGUUGUCAAAUCAAGUAGCUCAGGGGUUGGAAAGACGUUUUAUGUAACACAACGAUUUAAUGAACUAGAGCAAACACUCAACCAAAGCAAACAACGUGUGACAACAAAACUUGUGCAUAUUCCAUUACAAGAAAAGCAAAUAGACUUAGACGAGUUUAUAAAAGACUUACUUGAACACGCGUCAACUCCUGGCACACAAAUGGCAACAUUGUUUCAUAUAGACAUCUCACAAGAGGUCACUGAAGGAAUAGACUACCUUCUGUUUAAUCUCCUGGUACUCGGAUGUCUUACAGACAGCAAAGGACGUGUGUGGAGACGACAUAUUGACGAUCUCUAUAUGAUUGAGACAAUACCAUCCAUGCGCUACACCCAACACGCGGAGCCUGAGUAUGUUUACACCAUGUUGGCGGUCUUACCGGAAGUGUUUUGUAAAUCACCGAUCGAUAGUUUAUCUCUACUCAACAGAAGUUCCACGGAGACAGACGUGCGCGAUCAAUUAUUCGUCGAAGGCCACUUUCAGUCUGAGGCAUUCCAACGUACAUUUCAGUAUCUGCAUAGACAAGAAGGCAACAAGCCUAUGAACAACAUAGACCCGUCAGUACCUGAAGGAACAAGAGCUUUAUGUCUUGAAGUACUAUUACGACAUUGCGGAGUGCAAAAUCCGUCAUGGUCCGAAAUCAAUCAUUUUGUUUGGUUUUUGAAUUUACAACUUGUGGAUUUCAAUCUAAGUCCUUUUGUUGGGACUGAGGCUGAAAGAGACCUGCCGGGGUUUGCUAAAUUUGUGCUGCGGUUUUUAAUACAGAUGUCAAAGGACUUCUCUACGCGGUCCUUAAACAUGAGCGAAGAAUCGCAUAUUCGUUACCUCGUCUCGAAUGACUCAUACGAUGAAAAUGAUGACAUUAACCAGUUUCAACUCAAGCGAACAUGGGAAAGCAGUCCUCAUCCGUAUCUGUUCUUCAAUUCCGACCACCGUUCCUUUACAUUCUUGGGAUUCUUCAUUGAUAAAAUCACGGGCAACUUAAUAGAUAUGCAGACCAAAGAAGUACUGGAAACAUGCAUUAUGAACAAGGAUUUAUAUAGGGCCUUAAUAGAUAAUGGUGUGCCUCUCACAGAGAAUUUCGACAAACUUACCAGGGAUGAACAAAUACACAAGUUGUGCAGAGUAAUGGGAGUUGAAAAUCCGUGUGAUCCUGAUCCUACAUACGAACUAACAACAGACAAUGCGAAGAAAAUAAUGGCUAUAUAUAUGCGUUUCAGAUGCGACAUUCCUGUGAUAAUAAUGGGUGAAACUGGCAGCGGAAAAACACGACUUGUGAAGUUCAUGUGUGCUCUGCAGGCUGCAAAAGGUUCAUUGGUGAAAACAAUAAUUAUUAUGAAGGUACACGGGGGUACAACGAAAAAUGACAUAAGGCGGACGGUCAAUGCUGCAGAAGAAGUCGCAAAGACAAACGGACCAAAUAUGUAUACAGUUCUGUUCUUUGAUGAGGCAAACACAACCGAAGCAGUUGGAGUUAUCAAAGAAAUCAUGUGCGAUAAAUCAAUUUGUGGCAAACCUCUGAAAUUGUUUAAUAACCUCAAAAUGAUAGCGGCAUGUAAUCCAUAUAGAAAGCACCCUAAAAAACUAGUAGAAAAGCUGGAACAGACUGGUCUUGGAUACCACGUUAUUGCAGACGAAACAUGUGAUAAACUUGGUCGUAUACCAAUGAGACAAUUGGUGUAUAGGGUUCAACCAUUGCCACACAGUUUGCUGCCAAUGGUGUGGGACUUUGGUCAUCUUGAUGAUGAAAUUGAACAAUUAUACAUUAAACAGAUGAUUAAGCAAUAUAUAAGAGUUGAUGAACUACCUACACUGAAACAUCUGAAAACGAUUUUAAGUUCAAUCCUCACCGCUUCACAAAAGUACAUGAGGGAUCAGAAGGACGAAUGCAGCUUCGUCUCGUUACGAGACGUUGAACGUACUCUUAAAGUAAUGGUGUGGUUUUAUAGUCAAGCUAAAGAAAACAGACUUCUGUUCUGUUUAAUGGAUGAGAAAAUGAAAGACAAAACAUACGAAUAUGCGAGGGGUAUUGACGAUUUGACCAAGAGCUUGAUCCUUGCACUGGGUGUGUGUUACCAUGCCAGUUUGCGAACGCGCCAGGAAUACCGGCAUUUUAUCACACCGAAGUUUGCCGAGCCGUUAGAAAUACAUGGAGAAUCACAUGCAAUAAUGGCGGUGAUUGAAUGUUGCCAAGAUGUUGUCCUUGACAAUCUUCCGAUUGCGAAUAAUAUAGCUCGAAAUACGGCGUUAAAGGAAAACAUCUUUAUGAUGGUUAUUUGCAUAGAAUUGCGAAUACCUCUAUUCCUUGUUGGAAAACCUGGAAGUUCUAAAUCACUCGCGAAAACAAUUGUUGCUGACGCAAUGCAAGGAAAUAGCGCCGAAAAGGACUUAUUCAAGAAGUUCAAACAGGUUCAAAUGGUAUCAUAUCAGUGCAGUCCAUUGUCAACACCAGACGGAAUAGUUGCAACGUUCCGUCAAUGCGCUGAAUUUCAAAAGGACAAAAAUCUAAUCUCAUUUGUCUCAGUUGUCGUGCUAGAUGAAGUUGGACUAGCAGAGGACAGCCCUCGAAUGCCGCUAAAGACUUUACAUCCUUUGCUAGAAGAGGGCUUUCAGAGCGACGAAACGAGAGAGCCUUUCAAACAGGUUGCUUUCAUUGGAAUAUCUAAUUGGGCGCUUGAUCCAGCAAAAAUGAACAGAGGUAUAAGUGUUCAUCGCGAUGUACCCGGAGUGGAAGAACUGAUCAAGACUGCCAGAGGCAUUUGUAAAACCAACUUGGAUGUUGAAACUCUGAUGGAGCCUUUUAUUGAACCGAUAUCUAAAGCUUACAUGAAUGUUUUUGAAACUGCUUCAAAACAGAUGCGCGAAUUUUUUGGACUACGUGACUUCUACAGUCUUGUUAAAAUGUUGUACGGAUUUGUGGCCAAAACAAAAAAAUCACCGACUUGGUCAGAGAUGCUGCAUGCCAUCAAAAGAAAUUUCGGAGGAUUAGAUUUAGUAAACCCAGAGGAGUAUUUCAAGGAACAGCUGUCAAUGAUGGACUUUACUGAAGAUCCUUUCAAUCGAGGGCCAGAUUGCAGCACCAAAGGACUUAUUGAAGCCUGCUUGUUUGACUCGUCAAGAGAGAGUCGAUAUUUGCUGUUGCUUACUGAAAACUACGGAGCUCUGGGAAUAGUACAACAGAUGCUGGCAAGAAGAAGUGAAGCAAGACCUAUAACAAUUUUCGGAAGUAGCUUUCCAAGUGACCAAGAAUAUACACAAGUUUGUCGAAAUAUCAACAAGAUUAAAGUGUGUAUGGAAACAGGAAAUACAGUUGUUUUGCUAAAUUUAGAAAAUCUUUAUGAAAGUUUGUACGAUGCUCUGAAUCAAUAUUAUGUGUACUUCGGAGGUGAAAGAUACGUAGAUCUUGGUUUGGGAACACAUAGAGUCAAGUGUCCAGUUCACCUGAACUUUCGCCUGAUUGUCGUUGCUGACCGAGAUUUAGUGUACAAUUUGUUCCCGAUCCCAUUAAUUAACCGACUGGAGAAACAUUUCCUCUCUGUUAACACCGUUUUAAACGACGACCUAAUUGAUAUAGCUAAAGAUUUGCUACAGUGGGCGGUCAGAUUUUCCAACAACAAAAUGGAUAUAACAAGGAGAUCCAAUCGACAACAAACAAAGAUUGGCGAUGUUUUAAUAGGUUUUAACGAUGACACUUGCUCGUCAAUCAUACUUAACAUAAUUGAAACACAUAAUCAACCUAAAUCAUCUGAAGAUGACUCUCACAACUGGAAGACAAAUAUUCUUGAAGAAGGGAAACGGAUAUUAUUAUGGGCUGCAACACCAGAAGCUUUGGUCCUUUCAAGCGAGCUUUGCAGAACGGAGAGUGAUUCGAUAAUGAAACAAUACUUUGAAUUGCAAGCUCAUGGCAGCGUUAUUGAAUACCUGAAACACAUGAUCGCCAAUGAAACAUGUCAACAAUCGCUUACACAGAUAACGUGCCAUUCGAAACUUCUUCCGUACAACUACGAUACGGAGAUAAAGAAUGCUAUUCCAUCCGUCGGUGAUGUCGAUAUUCUGUCUUUGGUGUCGUUUGAUACAGAACAACAGUUUAGCAAUCGCAUUCGAAAACAUUUUGACCCGUCAGAAACAAAGUCACGUGUGAUAAUAAUACAAUGUGACUCAGGUGAUGCAAAUGCGAACCUAAUAGCUUGUGCGCGCUAUUGUGUAAUGGAUGCGUUCGAGAACACAAGAAGAAUAAUACAGGCUCCAAUCCAUAUUUUGUUAAUUGUGCAACUUCCGAGAAUAAGUGGUGGGUGCUUCAGUGGGUUUCAGUGUGGACCUUGGCAUUCGGUUCACAUAGACGAUCUCUAUCCCGAGGGGCCAUAUUUUCCUCACCUUAGAGACCUGCAAAACAGAAGUGUUAGUGAAGUAUUUGAACGUGCUUGUGACGGAGCACAAAUAAACCCCGCAAGUGUAAACAAUGACCGCGAACAGUCUGCCAUUAGGUUAAACAAUCUUAAUGCACAAAAAAUGAAAGGGCUGUUGAUGUCAUGUGUUCAACAAGCUUUGUCAAUGGUUAAAGAUCAGCACAACUGCGAACAAAGAGCAACAAAACGAAUACGCAUUGUUUUACGUUGUCUACGUGGAACGAAAGCAAAGAGUGACCAUUCAGAGGGAAAUCCAUUAUUCCUGUCUGGUAUCAUAUUAUGGCUUACUAAAUUACUGAGAGAAAAGGAAAAAAAUACUGAUCCUGCAUGGGCCAAAAUGUGGAUGUCACACGAGGCAGCUGCACUUGAAAAUAUAAUAAAAAACGGAACUUUUAGACGUUCCUGUUAUCAGACACUCAUGUCAAAAUUGACACCCGUAUUGGCCAGAAUCUUCUCCUUUCUGGAUACAAACAACAAUUUGGAUCUUCUUGAAUGCGGCAUAGACUGGAAACAAGAUCUUUGGAUUCAGUUUUUCAAUCAACAAGCGUUGAUUCCUUUAAAGUACUCAGACAUUCAACAAACUGAUGGUUCGAUAUUUAAAGAAUACACUGUGGAUUUUACUGGCCAUGAAGGUCACCCUUUCAAAUCCAAUCUGCCAUUUUCCUGGAUUAUCAUACAUUUGGUAGAUCAGCUGAUCCGACAACUUGAAGUCGACGAACAAGAAGGUACAUAGAUAAAAUAAUUAAAUGCAUUUGAUUUAUUUUACAAAAGCAACUUCGGUCUACGGUCUCGGUUCUACGGUCGAACUUUGCCACUAAAAUUGAAUGGUGCGAAAGAUAUAAAAAUAUAUAUGUAUUGUUCUAUUUUCGAUAAAAUCAGAGGCGAGUAAAACCUGCAUAUAAAAAGAUUCAUAGACUCAUAGAUUGCUCGAGAACACCUCUAUUGCCGAGUGACUGUCUUUACAUUUUGUAAGGUAUUAUUCCAAAUUUCAUUGAAAUUCCACUAUGGUUUGUUUCUCCUGCCACUCAUGUGUGACAAACACGGAGGACAGAAUACAUACCUAUUUAAAUCGAGGCCAUUCUUUCAGCUUACUUUGGGUCUUUUUUCAACAAUUUUAUUCAACUUACCACAACCAUAUUCCUGAGCCCAUUUAAUCACGGCAGAUUUGAAUAUCAGUACUACUUUUUUUCUUUGCAAAUUUUGUAAACUGCAAGCUAUUGUUAUGUGCUCAAUUGCACUCCUCCAUUAUGAUUUUCUGCGAAUUAAAAACAAAUGUAGAAAGAACCAAAUGCUGGUUAUUUAUCGGAUUAAACUUGCUUAAAGAUUUGCAAAUGGUUGAUUAUGAAGUCUCCUUAUCGUUUAAAACACCAUAUCGUAAAAUUAACAGCUUAAUGAAAACAUAAAGUUUACGUUGUUAAAAUGCAGUCUUAACUUAAAUGAAUCGAAAAACAGUUAUUUUAAACCACGAUUGCGCGGAAAACAUCUGGACUUUAACAUGGACUUUUAUAUGCUCUGCGGAUCAUGAAUGAUCGACUAUUUUUUGUCAUGCCUCUCUAUCUAAACGGGAGGCGGAAAACUACAACGGGCGAGUCAUGGUCAGGGGUGAUAACCCCAAAAAAGGGUUAGGGUAAGGGUUAGGGUUAGGGGUCGGGUUAGGGUUAGGGUUGGGUUUAGGCUAACCAAAACCCUAACCCGACCCAUAACACUAACCCUAACCCUUAACAUAACCCUCUAACCCCCCCCCCCCUUGCGCAAUACCAUACCAUGCCUCGCCCGUUGUAGUUUUCCGCCACCCUAUCUAAACACCCAAAAGUCACGCACGUUUUGUACUGUACGCAAUAUGACGAGCGGUCUGAAAACAUACGCAAAUGUGAAUCGACGAUGUUUUACAUAUGGCAUGUAUCGUAUACAAAGAUGAUUUAUGUGGCUUAGCUGUAAACAACUAGACACGCCUCAUGCGAUUGAUAUGGUUUGCGUUUUGUUUACUUACAAACACAUUUAUCCUGCAUGUCCAAAUA